AGUCGCGAGUGUUUCGGCGGUACUCGGCAACCGACCGAGUAGUAGUUUAGGGUGCGCGAUAAGGUGCGAGAUUGCGAACGCGAAGGAGCGGAGCAUCCCGCGGACGCAGCUGCGUACGCGCGCGCGCGCGCGUGUACACCUUCUCCGGUGUGUUUUUAUGUGUUCGUGUUCGUGCGCGUCGGUCCGUCCGUCUGACCGUUCGUCACGGCGGUGUGCAUGCGCGCAUGUACUUUACGUGUGCGUGGUGACCCGCGCUCCUCGCUGACGGGAAGAGCGAGCUCCUGCUGCUGCUGCUGCUGCUGCUGCCAGUGUUGUUGCUGUUACUGCUAUGCGUCCCCGCGACGGCUGGUGGCUCGCCGCGACCAUGUCGCGAAAAUAAUCGCGCCGGUCUGUCGUCGCGCGAGUGUCUGUCCGUUCUCUCUUUCUCUCUCCCUCUCUGCGCGGACACGCGACACGGAGAGGUGGUGACUCCGUCGGACACACGCUGCUCGAACCCUGCCGUCUGUCUCGCUUCCCUCGUAGUCCUCGUACCCUCGUCAUUCAUUCCUCUCUGUCUUUCUCGCUCUCUCUCGCGCCCGCUCUCCUUCAUACGCAUACGCGCGCACGUCUCUCCCCGUCUCUCUCGCUCCCUGUCAACUCUUCGUACCGGGACGACGACGUUCAUACCCGUGCGUCACGGGAAGGCGACGCGCGGCUCGGCGGAGGCGGAAAAACGUGAUCGGAGGCUCCCCGGCGGAAUUUAUGGUGAGAGACAAGUGAAGUGAACGGUGUCCGCGGAGUGUAAACGUUCGCCGGCGACGACGACGACGGCGGCGGCGACGAGGAGGUGGAGGAGGACGAGCGAGGGGGAGUCGCGGUGGCGAGAGGCGCGAUCCGCCGAGGGGACAGCCUCGCUUGCAGCUGGGCGCUGUGCGGCGGAGGGUGGGGUGGACGGCGGGAGACGGAACAACUGACGGAAAACGAGAACGGCGGGCGGAAAGAUGCCGGGCCUGAUCGCCGUGAGUGAGUUCGUCGAGGAGACGAGGGAGGACUACAACUCGCCCACCACGUCCACGUUCGUAUCGCGAAUGCCGCAGUGCAGGCAGACCAUCACGUCCCUCGAGGAGACGUUGGACUUCGAUAGGGAUGGUCUCACGAAGCUCAAGAAGGCUAUCAAGGCCAUCCACAACUCCGGAAACGCUCACGUGGACAACGAGGUCUACUUAGGAAGGGCGUUGGAGAGACUCGGCGACGCCGCACUGAAGGAACAGGAGCCGGACAUAGGCGCGGCGUUUCUCAAAUUCGCGGUGGUCACGAAGGAAUUGAGCGCCCUCAUGAAGACCCUGAUGCAAAACAUCAACAACAUCGUGAUGUUUCCGUUGGAUUCGGUGCUGAAGGGCGAUCUGAGGGGCGUGAAGGGGGACCUGAAGAGGCCCUUCGAGAAAGCCUGGAAGGACUAUGAAGCUAAAUACGCAAAAAUCGAAAAGGAGAAGAAGCAGCACGCGAAGGAGGCCGGUCUGAUUCGUACGGAGGUCACGCCCGCCGAGAUCGCAGACGAGAUGGAGAAGGAGAGACGGUUGUUUCAGUUGCAAAUGUGCGAGUAUCUGAUUAAAGUGAACGAGAUCAAAACGAAGAAGGGUAUCGAACUGUUGCAGCAUCUAGUCGAAUAUUAUCACGCGCAAACAAAUUACUUUCAGGACGGCUUGAAGACCAUUGAGCACUUCGGCUCGUACGUGGCCGACCUGAGCGUGAAGCUGCAAAAAAUCAGACAGACGCAGGAUGAGGAACGGAGACGACUAACGGAACUUAGGAGCCUUCUUAGAAGCUCCGGAUGUGACAAAGAGCUGAACGCGAACGCGAACGCGGGUUACUCGCUGCACCAGCUGCAGGGCGACAAACAACACGGCGUCACGCGCUCCGGCCACCUGCUGAAGAAGAGCGAGGGCAAGAUGAGGCGAGUCUGGCAGAAGAGGCGAUGCGCCGUGCAGGCGGAGGGCUACCUUGAUAUCUGCCACGCGGACGAGAACAAGCCGCCCACCAGGGUGAACCUAUUGACCUGCCAGAUUAAGUUAGUACCGGACGACAAGCGAGGCUUCGAUCUCAUAAGCUACAAUAGGACGUACCACUUUCAAGCGGAGGAUGAGGCGGACCAGCGCGCGUGGAUGUCGGUUCUCGUGAAUUGCAAGGAACGCGCCCUGUUGCGGGCGUUCGAUGCGAGCGGCAAGGCGGAGGCCGGCAGCGGCAAUCCUAGCCUCGUAGAGCUGCAGCAGGCUGUUAUACGAUGCGUUAUGCGAUUACCCGGAAACGAUCAGUGCUGUGAUUGCUCCUCGCAGAACGACGCCACGUGGCUGUCGACGAACUUCGGCAUAAUAGUAUGCAUAGAGUGCAGCGGCAUCCACCGAGACUUGGGCGUGCACAUAUCGCGGAUACAGUCCCUGACGCUGGAUAACGUCGGCACCGCUCAGCUGUUGCUCGCGCGGCACAUGACGAAUCAGGCGUUCAACGAGGUGAUGGAGGCAACGUUACGUCACAAUCUCAAGCCGUCGCCGACGUCGACAAUGGAAGAGAGAUACGAGUUUAUACGCGCCAAAUACGUGGACAAGAGAUACGUGAUGAACACGUGCGCGGACGAGCGCGAUCUACUUUCCGAUUUGGAGCACGCCGUUAAUAAUCGCGACCUGCAGCAACUUCUGCAAGUUUACGCCGAGAACGUGGAUUUGGCUGCGCCAUUACCGACAUCGGAUGUAGGCGAAACAGCGUUACACUUGGCCAUUCUGCGCGAAAUGGGUAGCAGUCUGCACAUCGUGGACUUUCUGGUGCAAAAUAUGCCGAGCGGCGGUAUCGACAGGGCGACUAUCGAUGGUGAAACGGCGUUACAUCUUUCCGCGCGACACGACAGAGCGGAAGCGAUGAAGCUGCUUCUAAGAGCUGGCGCGGAUCCCUCCCUGCGAAACAAGCAGGAUAAGACACCGCUGGACAUCGCACAGGAAGUAGGACACCACACAUGCAAAGAACUGCUCAGUCACGCUCUCCAGAGGCAAAAAACUUUGUUUGAUAACGUCAAUAUUGACUGGAAUCUUUCUCACGAUGAGGGUUCCACGGACUUCUCCGAUGACGAAACGAUAAUAGAAGACAGGAAUGGAUGUCUAACGCCUGAGAAAAAGUCACGUAGUAGACCACCGUCAUAUGCCGGAGGUGGCGGUACGGGAUCGGGUGAUUCGCCGGUGACAUUACGCAGUCGGAGCAGCACCUGUGACAGCUUACAGAGCGGAUCCUCUCCGAGCGCCUCGACGAACCGUCAGCAAAUGCCUCCGCCGCCACCGCCGCAAGCGAGGAAACCCGUAGCUGUGCCCACUCCCAUGGCGCCGGACAUUUCAGUGAACAUCCACGGCUCGCUGAAGAAGCGGGUUGCGCCGCCCCCGCCGCCCGCUGGAAACUCUGUUGCGAGCGGCGUUGUCCUGCCGUCGUCGCACUACGGUACGCUACCUUCGUUGGCUACGUCGACGCACAGUCGUACGACCAGCGAGCCGAUUUUAGCCGGCCACACUUUACACACUCUACCGCAUACGUUGAAUACACUAAAUAGCCAACAUCAUAAGAGAUCACCGAGCGGCGACUCGUCGACCGGAUACGGUAUGGACAAAGGGAACAGUUCGACGCUGCAGAGACCGCGAAAUCCACCGCCUCCGGCGCCAUCCAGUGUCACAACUAGGCUAAGCAACGGACGUAGCAGCGAGUCCCUGAGUUCUAUGUGUUCGGAUCAUGGUCUGGGCAAUCCUAUUCCGCCGCCGCGAAAGCGAAGGGACCGGUCCAGGCUAGAGAGCUACGCGGAGGAGCCUUCAUCUUUGCUCCCAAAUCUGAAUCUGCCAACGUCGUCGACUUUGAGUGGCCUGCGACGCUGCCGGGCCCUGUACGAUUGCGAGGCCGACAACGAGGACGAGCUGUCGUUCCGCGAGGGUGAGGUCAUCAUCGUGACGAACGAGCAGACCGACGAUGACAACUGGAUGGAAGGUGCAUUAGAACGGGCGCCGGAACGGCGGGGCAUGUUUCCGAUUAGUUUCGUACACAUGCUACAGGAUUAACAUUCGGUAAGCCUGAACUCGUUGGCGAGCGUCACCAGCACUGCCAGUUCGAUGAGCGUCGCCAGCCUCGGCCGUAGAAACUGGCUGAGGAAGCCGAAGGAGUGAAGCCAUCUUUCCGUCGUCUCUUCAGAGUUGAAGCGGUCAUAAGCGUCUGAAGGAAGAAACUUUGGAUAUUGACGAGCGCCGUUAAAGAGUUUAAUCCGCAUCUUGAUUCUCUCAUUUUUUUAUGUUCCCUAGGAAAAUCGAUAUUUGUAAGAAAUUGGAAUGAAAAGUGCAUCAACAUGGGCAAUUUUGCACCUGCAAAUGGAGUAAAUACUUUAGAAAAUCAAGUAGAAUAGAGAUAUACAUUUAUUUUAUUUUAUUUUUUUCAAAAGCAUGAGACAAGUUUAUGUGUUUACUCUGAGAUUAGAUUCUUGUUUUUUAUAAGGAGGAAAGUUCAUUUAUCUCUAUAUAAAAUAAUACAAUUUUAUAUUAUGUCAAAAUAUAUAAUUAGAUAUAAAAGGUGAUACACAUUGAAGUUCUAUUGUUAUUGGUAUAAAUUACAUUACUAUUCCUUUCAUUCGGUAGUUUAAUUACGUGUAAGUUUGACUUUUAUCGUCCCGGAAGAUCUCUACAAUUCUGUAAACACUAAAAAGAUUCUAAAAUUUUUAUCUACUCCGGUGCAGAGUUAUUUCUGCUGAUGCAAUGGUAUUCAAUCCUACUUUACGGAUGAUUUUAAACCGAUCAAAUAUCUUGUGAUAAAUUUUAAUUCACUUUUUGUCGUCUUAUAAUGCAACAUCAACGCGUACCAGAGAGUAUUUAUAUUUCAGGAAAAUUAGAAAGUAAAUUACAAUUUACUUUAUUCAUAAAUUAAUAGAUACCUCGAAGAUUUUGCACGGGCUGUAAUCAAUACGUACGCCAUGGAUUGUGUUAACUGCGUGAUUAUUGAAAAAGCCGAGUAUUAGUGUCUUACGCCGGAUGACAAUCAUAUUGAAACUAUCGAAGGUAUGUGACUAUUACAGUCGAUAAUGGAAUACUCGGAAUUUCGUCUCGUCAUCCGGGCAUGAUUACGCAGAUAUGAUUACGCAGCAGGGUUUAUCUUUCCUCGAGAAGGUGACUCUCGGUUUUUGGAAACACGAGGGAGAAAAGAAACUGUACAAACGCCGCGAUGUCGACAUUCGCGGGUUUCCGGUGUUUGUCGAGGAAUGUUGUAUCUGAAGAGUUUAUAUGUAGAGAGAUCUUAUAUGUAUUCGUCUAAUUCAUAUUAUAUACGGUACGCAAUUGUUCGCAUUGUAAUCUAGUUGCAAGAUAAAAAUCCGGCUAACAAAGUAUGACGUCGAGAAUGACGUUGGCAAAAAUAUAGGUACGUCGCGCGUUGCAGCGGCUGACGUUAAGAUCGGAAUUGAGAACGCUUCUCGAUAUCGCGGAAUCGCGACGCUAAAAAGAAUGUGAUAUAUAUAUUAUAUUUCAGAGUAGAUUAUUAGUUACUAUGAAAUAACGCAUGUACGAACAAAUUGUGAGACGAGUUACAUUUUCCAAACCAAAUGAAUAACGUAGAGAUAACGUAGAUUUUAUCCGAUGCAUUUCGGUUUACAUGGAGAAACGCCCGAAAAAGAACACACACAAAUAAGCAUCUAUCAACAGAGAAAACGUAAUAAAUAUAUAAUGAUAAAUAACUAUACGUAGCUUAAAAAAUUAUAAAAGAGACUCUUAAAUGCGGAUUAGAAGGAUAUGAGCUUUUGGUGAUUGUACCAGUGUCUAGUGAAAUCCUAUAUAACACACUCUGGCGAUUGGAAGAGUGCUGGAAAGAGAUACGCACGGUUUUGACGUCUCGCCGUUUGUACGUUCUAUUGAUCUGGCGCACACUUCUUUUUUCUGUACUGCCAAUAACGGAUCGAUUUAACGUAGGGAUAGAUGAACUCGCGAUACAUAGAGCCGUAUUUAUAUUCCGCAUUUAGCGCGAAAUAAUGUCGAUUCUAAGUCUAGGAUUACUGUUAAACGCGAUCUUCGUACGAGACAAAUAAAUCUCAUAAUCAAACGACCACGUUUGGCGUUAAAUGUGAGAAUGUACGAAUGCGAACCGUAGCCUUUAGCAGAGCGGAGGAGAGACGAUUAAAUUUAGCGUAAGAGGAAAUGUGGGGAGGUGAAUUUUAGCGUCGAGCACGAGAUGUUGUACGCCAUACACCGAUAUUGCAUGACAAGUAUUAUUAGCGUACUCGAUUUAAGAAAGUCGUUAUGUACGACUGUGUGUACAUUUUUUUUCUUUCUGUAAUGCCAUACUACAUAUUAGUCGAUCCUCAAAUAGAAUACGGGGCUCGAGACCGAUUAUUAGUCGCCAAGCGUGCUACGAAACAUGAUGAAAACGUGUAAUGUGACGCGACAGGCGGAAUUCUUCACGUCGCGUUGUAUUAACAAUAUUCUAUUUGCACGAGACCAAAGAGGAUUUUGCGAAAGGAGAGAGCCGUCGAAAACGGAGCGUUUGCGGAGUCAUUUUAGUCUAUUGGCGUUUAUCGGCAAAAUCGUUUCCCGAACGGAACGGGGAAAGCUGUGCAGUGAAAGCGAUAUUAUUAAUAACGUAAUUACAUACCGCUGCCGAUCGGUAAAAUGACUCCACAAAUCGCCACGAUUCAGUAAACAGUUUAAUCGACGUGUGUUCGUCGUGUAAUAUGAUCGUUUCAAUUGCACAGAUCGUGUAUCGACGGCUAGCACGAACGAUUAUUGAAACUGGACUGUUUUCCUUACGAUUAUUAUAAAGCUUUGUACAUAGACGAAAACUAAAGUAUCCCGCUGCAAGCUAUUAGCUGUGACACUAUCUCCUAAAUGUAAUUGUUUCAUUUAAGGAUGCAACGCUUAACACAUACUUCUUCAUCCAAAAACGUUGCUACUAAGAGUUUCUAAUAUUUUUCGGUUUUAUUCGUAGAAAUAAAAGUAUAUCCGAAUCCUUAUUUAUAUAUGUAGAUGUGUGUG